AUGAGCAACCAACGUGUUACCAGACCACGCAUUGAUCGCUCUGUUACACUCCAUUGCGUGGGUGACUGGGGUCAAGCCAACUUCCACCGAAUCCUAUCAUGGCUAUCUCAAGAGUUCUGCGACCGUGCCGGGCCCAAAAGCCGAACGGCAAUUUGGUCUCUUCGUGAUGGUGGACUAGAUUCGGUUCUCCAAGUCUUCAAUGGCGAAGCAGAUCUCGGAAUCUCCACACCCGCUACCCUUCUUAAGGCAAGUCUUCUGGGGGAGGAGAUUUUCCAGAAGACCGGCCCCAUGCCCUCUCUUCGAGCCCUAGCUGUCCUCCCACAACGAGACCGAUUGAUGUUCGCUGCUGCUUCCGGGCUGAAUAUCUCAUCGUUCGCGGAUAUUCGAGACCGGAAGCUACCGCUACGCAUCGCAGUCUCAGAAGACGAUGGUACAAAUUUCAUUGGAUACAUUUCCGCACGGGUUUUGGAAGCCCAUGGAUUGGACGAAGAGACCAUGCACUCAUGGGGUGGCUCUUGGGUCAAGGCAUGUCGUCCUGAACAGGUCAUUGACCUUUUUCAAACGGGGCAGGCCGACGCCGUCAUUCAAGAGGCUAUAAUGACACCUUGGUGGCGAGACUUGAUUGAAAGCCGUGCUUUGUUGCCAGUAGAGAUGGAGGAUGCCGCUCUAGCCAAGCUUUUAGGCCGGGACGGCUUCCAAAGGUCUUCUGUGAAGGCCGACUUCUGGAGUAAUCUGACGCACGAUAUCCAGUGCGUGGACUUCUCUGACUUCGUCGUUAUUGUGCGCGACGAUAUGCCCCAUGACAUUGCUCAUCUGCUCACUUGGUGUCUUGUUGAGACAAGGGACGUCCUGGAGGCGCAGUAUCGCCACAUCCCACCGGAUCAAAGUCCUCUUUCCUAUCCGUUGCAGCCGGCAAAAAUGGCCCAGUCAACAAUUCCACUCCACCCGGCCGCAGAACAGUUUUAUCGAAGGGAAGGAUAUCUACAAGACAGCGACACUCCUUUUUAG